UGUGUUGUGCAGUGUUGUGGCCGCGCGUGGGGUAUUUUAAAACAUAAAUGAUCAAUACAUUAUCUCGCUAACAAACAAAAUCAAACAGCCACAAUGGACGAGUUAAUUGUGGGCACUUAUGAAGGAUUUUUGCUUGGAUAUGCAUUGAAAUCCGAAAAUGAAGAAAAGAAAUUUAAGCAAACUUUCGCCACCCAUUCGCAUACUGCUUCAGUUCGAUGUGUUUCGGUUGCUGGUCGGUUCCUGGCGUCAGGUGGCACCGAUGAUAAAAUUGUCGUGAUAGACCUGAAGACUCGAAAAGAACAUACAGUACUGAUGAACCACGAUGGAACUGUCAAUGCGGUUGCUUUCACACACGGCGCCACACACCUCGUAAGUGGAAGCGAUGACGGCAGUAUCAUAGUCACAAGAACAGGAAACUGGCAAAUUGAGAAAAUUUGGAAAAAAGCACAUGGAGGUCAACCAGUCACAGCAAUUGCAGUUCAUCCUUCAGACAAAUUAGCUUUAAGUAUUGGUGGUGACAAAACUCUCAGGACAUGGAAUUUGAUCAAAGGGCGUCCAGCAUUUGCUAUUAAUCUUUCUAGCAAAGGAAUUGUAAUGCCUACAGAAAUUAAAUUUUCACCUGGAGGCGACAGGUUUUCUUUAGUUCAUCAGCAAUGUGUUGAUCUUUGGACUUUAAGCAAAGCAGGAGUGGAGAAGCAUAUCAGUUGCAGUUCAAAACCAACAUCAGUGCAGUGGGUUACAGAUGACAGAUUAUUUGUUGGUUUAGAAAAUGGCAACAUAAUAUCCUUGACAGUAUCCGACACAAAGGCUGUAACUUUUCAAGCUCAUAAGCAGAGAGUAAAGAGCUUGCAUUAUGAAAAUAACACUUUGUACUCGGCAUCAAGUUCUGGAGAACUGAAAGUGUGGUUUGAUAAUGAAUCAAACUUAUUAGAAAUUUGUUCAAAUAAUGCAGGAUGCAGGGUUACUUGUGUAACAUUAAAUGAGCAAAGCCAUUUAAUAAAAAAAGAAGACCAAUCAGAUGAUGAGGACGAAAUUAAAAAACAAGAUAACAUUGAUGAAAGUGUUAAAUCCAAUUCAGACUCUGAGGCUGAAAGUGUAACCAUUAAACAAAGCAAAAGAAAACCAGGAGCUUUUGUGAGAAUAUCAUACGAUGAUGAAACAGAAAACACCAAAUCAGAUGAACCACCAUCAAAGAUAUUUAAAAAGAGAAAACGUAAUAAGAAAAAUAAAACAAAAAAAAUAGGUAAUUAAAUAAUGAGAUCAUAAAAUAACUUCCAAGUGUACAUACAUGCGUUAGUUGUGAUGUAAAGAAGAUGAGAUGUUAAAGUGUAUCUUCUAAGUUCUAAAGGAUUAUUUUUUAUUUAUUUAAAUAACGUUUUGAGAAUAGAUACUUAUGAUGUUUGUUACAGACUACAGGAAAUCAUUGUUUUCACAAGUUAACCCAGAAUGCCUAUGUAAUUCACAAUAGUCACAAAGUAGACAGGAAUAGAAAUCAAAUCAAAUUACACAAUAUCAAAAUAAAAUUGAUUGCCUAACAGUUAAAGAGCAAAGUUACUCUCCUGUCUUCAUUCUUUCACCAAUUCAUUACAGCACAUUUUUUUAAAUGUAAAUUGUUUUACUUUGUUACCUGUUGGAUAAAUAAAAUAUUAUCUCCCAAAAGAAAACCAGGAAUUCUUUUAAUAAUGGUCACAAGUUAUUUUAAGCGAAGAGCAUCAGAACACAUUAAUCAUCAUUAGCAUGUUUUUUAAAACGUCAUCAUCAUCUGAUAGCCUGCACAUGCAUCAAGUUACACACAUAAAAAAAAGAAAACUCAAUUUUACACUGCAGAUUAUAUUUUCAUCACCAUCUCAUAAUAUUAUACAUGUUGUUCACACUGAAUAAUAACAGUAAAAAACAAUAUGAUGUAGA